UUCUUACCCAAAAUUUUAGCGUGACCUCUACUGCAGUUGAAAAUACUUGGAAGCCGAGACUGGAUCCAUUGAAUUUUGACAUCUCUGCAAUGAUACAAUGACAGUUUGAAUGAGAAACCCCUUCAUUUGUGCACAGCCAUCGCAAGAAGGGCUUAUGUGCUCCUCGCCGCUCGAUUUCCGACUCGGGGUGUUCACUGUUGUCGGGGAAGAGUCCGUUUCAGCUGCACUGCAUCAACAUGGGUGUGAUUGGUGUGCAGCUGGUGGUUACCAUGGUUAUGGCCAGUGUAAUUCAGAAAAUCAUACCUCAUUAUUCCUUUGCAAGGUGGCUACUCUGCAGUGGCAGUCUGCGGUGGUAUCAGCACCCUACGGAAGAUGAGUUGAGGAGCUUAGCUGGGAAACAAAAAGGACAGAAGAGGAAAGACAGGAAGUACAAUGGUCACAUAGACAAUAAGCCGCUUACAAUUCCCAAGGACAUAGACUUACAGCUGGAGACGAAAUGUAUCACAGAAGUCGACACGUUAGCAUUGCACUACUUCCCAGAGUUCCAGUGGCUGGUGGACUUCACAGUAGCGGCAACUGUGGUGUAUCUGAUAACAGAACUCUACUACAGUGUGGCUCAGGCCUCAGGAGAGAUGAACAUCAGCGUGGUCUGGUGCCUGCUAGUACUCGCUUUUGUCAUUAAGACCCUUUUUUCUCUAACGGCUCACUACUUCAAGCUGGAGGAAGGAGGGGAGCGCUCACUCUGCAUCACUUUUGCUUUUUUCUUUUUUGUCAAAGCCAUGGCCAUUCUCAUCGUCACUGAAAACUACCUGGAGUUUGGUCUGGAGACAGGGUUUGCAAACUUCUCUGACAGUGCCCUACACUUUCUACAGCAUCAGGGCUUAGAGUCCCAGGGUCCUAUAUCUAAACUCACCUUCAAGCUGAUCCUGGCCUUGCUUUGCUCCCUGAUUGGAGCAUUUCUGACCUUCCCUGGUCUGCGAUUGGCCCAAAUGCACCUUGAUGCACUCAAUCUGACCACAGGCAAAUUUACACAGACUCUUCUUCAUAUCAACUUCCUGUCCCCUCUUAUCAUGGUCCUGCUGUGGGUGAAGCCCAUUACUAAGGACUACAUAAUGAACCCCGCUCUGGACAAGGAGAGUGUGCCUUUGAUGACUGAGCAGACGUAUGAUACUUUGCGGUUGUGGACCAUCAUACUGAUGUGUAUACUCCGGCUCGCUAUGAUGAGGCAUCAUUUGCAGGCCUACCUCAACCUGGCCCAGAAGGGUGUGGACCAGAUGAAGAAGGAGGCAGGACGGAUAAGUACUGUUGACCUGCAAAAGAUGGUUGCGCGUGUUUUUUACUACUUGUGUGUAAUCGCACUACAGUAUGUGGCACCACUGGUGAUGCUGCUGCAUACAACAUUGCUGCUAAAAACCUUAGGUGGACACUCUUGGUGGGUCUAUCCUGAGGAAGACCUGCCUUGCACCCAUGAAAUGAACUCUGACUCUUUGAUGAGGGCAGCCCCUAUAGCAGCCCCAACCCCAGCUUCGGUGGUAGAAACAGGAGCCCGGGUGUCAGUAGCCCAGCUGUCAGUGGCUCUGGGAGGCCUGCGGACUGUCUUCAGCCCCCUGCUUUUCCGGGGCCUCUUCUCCUUCUUUGCUUGGUGGAUUGCUGCCUGCCUCUUCUCCACCUCCCUCUUCGGCCUCUUCUACCAUCAGUAUCUCAUGGCAGCAUAGCAUCACCAAAACCAGCAGCGGCAGCCAAACCCCCACAGGGAUACUGUGUGUUUGACCUAAUCAGACAGGACUGAGCGAGGGGGCAACAGAGGCCUAUUAAUGACUGUGCUCCACAACUCCUCCUUUCCCUCUUCCCUCCCUCUGACCACCUCACAAUGACUUACCAUAUCAUCAGAGCUCCUGGUUCAACUUCCAGUGCUUCCUCCACAGAUGACGAGUGAACUCGUCAUUGUUUUUACAACUAAAAACACUCCCUUUUUUUGGAGAACAAGAUUUAUAACACUUAAUAACAGACUAAAGUACAAAUUAGAAGAAUAUUAAUUGGUGUCAGUGGUGUAUUGGGAUAAUGAUGAGAAAUUGGUAAAUUUGAAUGAUGUGUUGAAAUAUGAUGUGGCAGUUUGACUCAGUUCCACCAGUUUUAGGGAAGCCUGUGAGGAGAGUUGAAUUAACAUUACUUAAUGUUCUUUUUAAUGCUUUUUUUUUUAACAAUUCCUCAAGUAAUGAGUUUGUUCCAUGAACAUCUUCAGAUUCAUGAUAUUUCUUACUUUGGAAGGUGCAGCCUCUUAAAGCUUCAUGCGUGUCUGACUGUUGUUUUUCCCUCGUCUUCAGUGGUUACUUAGGCUCCUUCAAGUUAAUGAUUAUAUUUCAACGUAUCCAUAAAAAAUGUUGUGGGUCACUCUGCAUGACCGGGUACAUGCUGUUAAGUUUUAUUGGUUGGUGCGCAUGUGCAGGGUCUUCAUACAGAGUCAUGCAACUAUCUGUAUUCAAUCUGUAUCACAAGUCAAGGUACUGCCAGUUUCCAUGUAGUAGGAUACUUUGUAAAGAUUUAGAUCACAGAUUACCUUUGAAUCUGGAGACGUUCAUGGAGGCUAAUGUGUGAUUUUGUAUUAGUCCAAGUGUUUUUUCCCUUCUGUUUUCCUAAAUUUUUGGAGAACUGUUAACUGGCAUGCAUGUGCCCAAUGUUUGUCCUUUGAUCAAAACUUUAAGGUAUUUGUGUUCACGCAAAAAUAGCUUGUAUUACUCAAAUGUCUAAAUUCCAUUGGAACGGACCACAAAUGUGUCUGAGAGUCUUACAGUUUUUUCGGCAAGGACCGAUGCAUCUCUUUUUGCAGGAGGAGGAGGAGGGAGGAAGGAGCCCAUGGAUUAUUCCCAGAACGUCUGGUUGGGUCUAGCUAACCAGGGUUAGAGUGGACAACUGAAGAAGAGCCUGCAGAGGAGGAAGAGGAGAUGUCAGACUCAUGGGGAGUCAUCACAUUGACUUGAAGCUGUAUUUAAAGGUAUCUGAUUGAACUUACCAUCAAGGACAACCUGAGAUUUUUAAAUGAACGGUGUUCCACCAGAUUUGUGAUGUUUCAUUUGCAUUGUGACCUCCCUGGUUUUAUCUGAGCCAUUUUAGAAGCUAAGAGAGAAUUUUAAGCUCUUUUUUGAGCAGCAGCGAUCAUUUAAAGGGAGGACAGCACUUAGGGCUAAGACAAGUUAUGUGCUUGUGUCCGUGUGUCUGUCUGCAUGUGUAGGAUCUUCACUGUAGGUCAGCUGUAAUCUGGAAGGGCAUUGUGAUCACAAGGAGGUGAUGUCAGCUACAGUUGAUAAGCUACUGCCUUCAUGUCGCUUUCUCUUUUUUAAAAAAAAAACAAAACAAAACAACUCAUCCAUUGAUUUUAAAAUCAUUUGGGGGAAAAAUCUGUUAUUCUUUUUUCUAAUGGAUAAAAUUGAGUAUUUCUAAAUAUAUAUAUAUAUACACACACACACACGUUUCCUUUUUUUUUUUUUUUUUUUUUUUUAAAAUGGUGCCAAGUGAUUCUGUUCCCCUGUCCCAAUGUCUGUAGAUUUGGUGUCUGCUAGCAUUUGAAACUACACCUGAACUACAACUCUGCGGCCUUCUGUUUUCUGUAUAUCCAUCUUCAUAAAGAGGGAAUCACAAGCCCUGGUUCACAACAGGACAUAACUAUUUACAGCAUCUUUGCAUGCUGUAAUUCUCCAGUGGGAAAUGUAUGCACAAAUAGUCAUUGUGCUUGUGAAGCACUGGCCCAAUGUGAUUGUCCGGUCUGUUCAGGAAUGUAGGGUAUGUGAUGUCAGAUUAAUUCCAGAAUAUGUGAUCUGAUGUUUCUCUGGCAUUUCAUUUUGUCAUUAGAUUUAUUAUUAUGAUCGUAGAGCUGUAAUUUAUGAAUCCCAGCUCUAUGAGUUUUGUACAGGAAACAUUUUACAAAGUCAAGCAGCACCAUAUGACAUUUUUAUGCUCCUGAUGUGGAAAGUCUUAGCUUUAGUUUUGUCUGUUUUUAAAUGCUGGGGAAUAUGCACAUAAUGAAUGUAUCAAUCCUGCCUAAUUUAUAGAUUGUUUCCAUUAAAAUGAUUUGUACGGUGAAUUGAUCUAAUCCUCCCCCACACACUUUCUCGGCUCAUUACCAGUCUACUACCAUCUGUUAAUCUACCUUUCGAACAAAAUCUAAUUUGUCCUAAUGACUGUUUUUAUUGAUUGGUUUAUCUUUGUUUUGUAUUUAUUACACAUAUUGGCCUGCAAACAUGUCUUUUGUUUUGUUAUUGGGGUGCAUGAUGGCUUAAGUCGGUUUUGAAAAAGUGUUUUACAAAUCAGUUGCAGAUAAGCCAUUUUUGUUUUGAUUUUUUUUUAAAUGGUCCCAUCUGGUCUGUUAAGAAGCUGAAGUUGAUGCUCAGAAUUCAGUGGCCUACGGAGGCAUUGUUUCUUCUGUUUGUUACCAUUACCAAGUGUUUAUUAUUUGGGUUCACCAAGUAAAUUUCACACAUUGUUGAUCGUUCAUGUAUUUAUUUCUGCUUUAGGUUUUGUCUCAAAUAAAUUAUGUUCUUUAC